AUGAAUUUGAAAAUUAGUAGCAUGACAUUGGGUGCGAUGUUAUUGUCCCUGGUGGUGAGAAGAGCUGCAUCGUUUGUCCCCGCUGCUGUCCGUUCAAAUGGAGCUCGGGCGACUGCAGGCUUGAACAGUCGUUCAAUUCCCUCCAGCAGACAUUUCCGAUAUCUUUCAGCGACUGUGGCACCCGAAGAAGCAAAAGCAGCAGCACAAGUUGUGGAACCAGAGGAACUGCCCAACAACGACAACGAUGAAGACUUGCUCAAGAUCCGUCACUCGUCUGCUCACGUCAUGGCCAUGGCAGUGCAACAGAUUUUCAAAGAGGCGCAGGUGACCAUUGGUCCUUGGAUUGACAAUGGAUUUUACUACGACUUUUACUUCCCCGAAACCACCGAUGCCGAGACGGGCGAAACCAUUCCAGCCCGCAAACUCAGCGAUCAGGAUCUGAAAAAGAUCAAAAAGGCCAUGGAUAAAAUCGUUUCCAAGAAUUAUCCCAUUACCAGAGAAGAAGUCAGCCGCGAAGAAGCCAAACGCCGUAUUGAGGAAAUCGGAGAACCAUUCAAACUCGAAAUCUUGGAAGGCAUUAAAACUGAGCCCAUCACCAUUUACCACAUUGGAGACCAAUGGUGGGACUUGUGUGCUGGACCUCAUGUGGAAAGUACGGGGAAACUACCCAAAAAGGCCAUUGCUUUGCAAAGUGUGGCCGGAGCCUAUUGGCGUGGGGAUGAAAAUCGAGAAAUGUUGCAACGUGUCUACGCCACUGCCUGGAAAGAUCCAGGACAACUGAAACAAUACAAAAAGAUGUUGGAAGAAGCCAAAAAGCGCGAUCAUCGUAUGCUUGGCAAGAAGCUGGAUCUUUUCUCGAUUCAGGAGGAUGCUGGGGGCGGUCUUGUCUUUUGGCACCCCAAAGGAUCCAAAAUACGAAGGAUCAUUGAAGAUUUCUGGAAAGAUGCACAUGUAGAUGAUGGCUAUGAUGUGGUCUACUCACCUCACAUUGCCAAUAUUGACUUGUGGAAGACUUCCGGACACUUUGAUUUCUACAGAUCCGACAUGUUCGAUCAGAUGGACGUCGAAAAUGAACAGUACCAGAUCAAACCCAUGAAUUGUCCGUUCCAUUGUCUCAUGUACAAGGACGAGCUACGCUCUUACCGUGAUCUUCCCUUUCGGUGGGCCGAGCUGGGGACUGUAUACAGAUACGAGAGAUCAGGAACUCUCCAUGGUCUGAUGAGAGUUCGUGGCUUCACCCAGGAUGAUGCCCACAUCUUUUGCUUGCCGGAACAACUACAGGACGAGAUUGUAGCAGUGCUUGAUUUGACCGAAACCAUCCUGUCUCGAUUUGGCUUUGCCAAGUACGAUAUCAUGCUCUCUACGCGACCCGAAAAGGCUGUUGGAUCUGACGAGAUUUGGGACGCCGCCACUGCAGCGCUAGAAGGAGCCCUGAAAGCCAAGGGCUGGGAUUAUAGCAUUGACGAGGGCGGCGGUGCCUUUUACGGCCCCAAGAUUGAUCUCAAGAUUCGUGAUGCCAUUGGCCGUCAGUGGCAAUGCUCCACAGUGCAGUGUGAUUUCAAUCUUCCCGAGCGAUUCGAACUGGAAUACGUCAGCGCGGAAGGUACUCGUGAACGUCCCAUCAUGGUUCAUCGCGCAAUCUUUGGUUCGGUCGAACGUUUCUUUGGUAUCUUGAUUGAGAAUUGCUCCGGAGACUUCCCGCUUUGGUUGAACCCCACUCAAAUGAAGAUCUUGCCAGUUACGGAUGGUGUGAGGGACUACUGUGAAGAGGUUGCCGCGAAGGCUGCCAAGAUGGGUCUUCGUGUUGAGAUUGACCGUGGCAACGAACGUCUUGCAAAGCAGAUUCGUAAUGCCGAACAGCAACGGGUUCCAAUCAUUGUCGUUGUGGGUGAAAAAGAGAUGGAAUCAGGUACCCUUGCAGUUCGAAGCAGACAACUUGGAGACAUGGGUUCCUUCAAUGUCGAUGAUCUGUUGAAUGAGAUGAGUCGAUGUGCACAAGAGACAGUAGAAAUGACUACAAAGGGAGAAACGGAAAAGAAAGAAGAGUAA